AUGCAGGAGGCUCUUGAUCCCAACGUCGGCCAAUCAGAAAUCGAAGAACUCAAAAAGGAACUGCAUCGCAUGGAGCUGCGUUAUGCCAGUCUCAUCAAAGAACAAGCUAAGAUCCUUUCCGAAGCCGAAAGAGCUAUCGAUAAGCGUGAGACCAUCGAAAUUCGCAAGGAAAGUAUGGGCACCGAAAGGCUCAAUGGGCCAGCCAAGCACUGCCAGCGAAAGAAGAAAUUCGAUAUUACCAAGAACGUGAAUAUCAAAUUCACGGAUGUAGCUGGUCUUCACGAAACCAAGAGAGAAGUGCAAGAAGUCGUCGAUUUCCUCAAAAGACCGGAAAAAUACCAUGCACUCGGUGACAUUCCAAAAGGAAUCCUCCUUACAGGACCACCAGGAACAGGAAAGACGCUAUGCAAAGCAUGCGCAGGUGAGGCAGGAGUGCCUUUCUUUUCAGUUUCAGGGUCAGACUUUGUCUAAGUUUUUGUAGGAGUGGGCGCGUCAAGAGUGAGGACUAUUCCAUCAGCCAAGUAGGCAUCACCUUCCAUUAUCUUCAUCGAUGAGCUGGAUGCAGUGGGCAAGAAGCAAAAUAAGAUGGGAUCAAAUGAUUAACGCGAAAGCACACUCAAUCAGCUGCUGGUGGAAAUGGAUGGAUUCGGAACUAACAGUGCAGUCAUCGUCAUGGCUGCUACUAAUCGCAAGGAAAUCUUGGAUAAUGCUCUCGUGAGAGCUGGUCGUUUUGAUCGCUAGGUAGAAGUUGGAUUGCCUGAUCUCAGAGGAAGAUACGAGAUCCUGCUGGUUCAUCUUACUCCUCUCAAGCUCUCGCCCAAAUUCACCAAAUAAGAAUACGCCAAGCGCAUAGCCGCCCUCACUCCUGGCUUCAGCGGAGCAGAACUGGCCAACUUGUGCAACUAGGCCGCUAUCCUAGCAGCUCGUUGCGUCAAGGAUGUUGUCGAAAUGAUGGACUUCGAACUCUCCUCAUAGCGAGUCAUCGGCGGCGUCUAGCGUAAAGGCUUUGUAUCGAUAAAGGAGAAGAAGACUGUAGCAUACCACGAGAGUGGACAUGCAGUUGUAUCAUGGUUGGAAGGCGCUGAUCCUCUGCUCAAGGUCACCAUCAUUCCAAGGUCAAAAGGAGCUCUAGGAUUUGCCCAAUACUUCUUGAAUGAAAACCAACUGCAGUCAAAGGAAGACUUGUUGGACCGCAUUUGCUUCAUCCUUGGAGGUCGCUGCGCAGAGCAGCACUUUUUCAAUGAGGUGACAACCGGCGCGUACGAUGACUUGGAGAAGGCCUAUAACUUGGCUCACGCGCUGGUGGUUAAGUUCGGCAUGGACAAGGAGCUAGGGUAUAUUGCAUUCCCAGAUAUCCAGUAUACUAAGCCUUACGGUGAGAAGGUAGAGGCCCUCAUCGACCGCGAAAUCAAGAAAUCAUUGAUGAAUGUACGCAACGCACCAAGCUUUGAUUGUCAAGCAUUAGCACCACAUCAAAAGGGCCAAUCACUCCCCCCGAAAGGAGUUCAUCAACUCCUACCACGUCAACGAAGUCCUCUCCCCUACUACAACCCGCUUGAAGACCCCUACCUCAGCGGAUUCUUUAGCAACUAUCACGUGUCGCGCCAUCUCACCCGCUCCGGCCUCAUCUACAGUCCCCGCAAGGAGUACCCCUACUCCGAACGCCGCCUCACCAACUUCAACAAAUUCCUCAGAAGCAACUCGCACAUCAUCCCGCCCACCAAUAUCCUCCGCCGCAGGGACAGCUACUCCAGGGGGAAAAACCUCAGCCAGGAGAAUCCGAGUGACUACCAGUCCACUCGCAGCCAGCUCAUGAAAAAGCUCUCGGAUAGUGACUUUUUGCUGACUCCUCCCAACCUGCAGAUGGGGGACAUUCUAUCGAAAAGACCAUCGACUACUCGCGGGAGCCAAUCAUCGGAACGGGCCAUCCACUAUAAGCAGAGGCAGGGGUCCAACAGUAAGGACAGGUGA